AUGCUAAGAAACAGUGCUAAGAGAUUGUACUCCAACAUCGCUAGAACAGACAAUUUCAAGCUUUCGUCGCUGGCGAAUGGGCUGAGAGUGGCCACAUCCAAUACUCCUGGACACUUUAGUGCCUUAGGGCUUUACAUCGAUGCCGGAUCUCGGUUUGAAGGCAGAAACUUAAAAGGCUGUACUCAUAUUUUGGAUAGGCUUGCUUUUAAGUCGACCGAGCACAUCGAGGGCAGAGCAAUGGCCGAGACGCUCGAAUUACUCGGUGGGAAUUAUCAGUGCACCUCGUCUAGGGAAAACCUGAUGUAUCAGGCUUCUGUGUUCAAUCAGGAUGUAGGUAAGAUGCUCCACUUGAUGUCUGAGACCGUGAGGUUUCCCAAGAUUACUGAACAAGAACUUCAAGAGCAAAAGCUGUCAGCAGAGUAUGAAAUUGAUGAAGUUUGGAUGAAGCCUGAAUUGGUGUUACCUGAGCUGCUGCAUACAGCGGCAUACUCUGGAGAGACUUUGGGGUCUCCCUUGAUCUGUCCUAGAGAACUCAUUCCAUCUAUUUCCAAAUACUACUUAUUAGACUACAGGAAUAAAUUUUACACCCCAGAAAACACCGUAGCGGCAUUUGUUGGUGUUCCCCAUGACAGAGCUGUAGAACUUGCAGAUAAGUACUUUGGUGAUUGGCAGUCUACUCAUCCUCCAAUCAGCAAGAAGGUUGCCCACUACACAGGCGGCGAAAGUUGUAUCCCACCAGCGCCCGUCUUUGGAAACUUACCAGAACUAUUCCACAUCCAGAUAGGAUUUGAGGGUCUCGCUAUAGACCAUCCAGACAUUUAUGCCCUGGCAACCUUGCAAACCUUACUUGGAGGCGGCGGUUCGUUCAGUGCCGGUGGACCAGGAAAGGGGAUGUAUUCUCGUCUGUAUACCCACGUUUUGAACCAGUAUUACUUCGUUGAAAACUGCGUCGCGUUCAACCAUUCUUAUUCAGAUUCAGGAAUUUUUGGUAUCUCACUAUCUUGUAUACCGCAGGCAGCCCCUCAAGCCGUUGAGGUAAUAGCACAGCAAAUGUACAACACCUUUGCUAACAAAGAUUUGAGAUUGACUGAAGACGAAGUAUCCAGGGCCAAAAAUCAAUUGAAGUCUUCAUUGUUAAUGAACUUAGAGUCAAAAUUGGUAGAAUUGGAGGACAUGGGUAGACAAGUUCUCAUGCAUGGCCGCAAGAUUCCUGUAAACGAAAUGAUAAACAAGAUUGAGAAUUUGAGGCCAGAUGAUAUUUCCCGUGUUGCCGAGAUGAUAUUUACCGGAAAUGUUAAUAACACUGGUGAGGGUAGAGGUAAACCUACCGUUGUUAUGCAAGGGGAUAGAAGUGCCUUUGGAGAUGUGCAAAAUGUAUUGAAUGCAUACGGACUUGGUAAGAGCACUUCCACUCAAAGCGAUAGCCCCAAGAAAAAGGGUUGGUUCUGA